GUCCAGACGUGUAUGAAAAGAGAAGACACAGUCUGUUAAGUUCAGGACUCUUGGCAUUAGAUACAAACAUAUGAGGUCACCGAUGCGGGUGAUAAAGGUGUUUUGACAGCAGACCAGCCCUUAUCUACUUUGUCAAAUAUUCUAGCACAUUUUCAACCGCCGUGUUGGCCCGACCUAGUUAUUAUGUGUACAAGCUUCCAGAAUCUACCAUUAUCGACACAGGGAGAUUCGUGUUCUUUAUGGCUAGGCGCUCAUAUGUGGCACAUGUUACUGAAAAUUUAUUUUCAACUCUCUGCGAAGCAGUGAUACAUUCAGUGCAAUCGGACCAGUCCAUGAUGUUUAACGCAAGAGUUAGGCCGCAAGCGGCACAAACAAGAAAGGCGAAGAGAUACAACAGGUCAUCUUAAUGACUCAUCCAUUGACCCGCGUUACGAAAGACGGGUCGAAAAUGCUCUGGCAUCUGUGUUGAGAACUUCCAGCCAUCAGCAGCAUCGGUGCCAGAAUCCCCGACUAUUACAUAUAAAGGGCAUCAGGCAACCCAAGGGCGACUCAUCAACCAUGCCCGCGGAUCGACCGAAAUCCCUCAGAUUUUGGAACUACCUGUGUUAUGGUUUAUCUGGCAUUCCACCAAGUGUAUCAGGGAAUGCCAUCGGCUUUUUCUUCUCUGUGUUUAUUCUGGAAGUGGUACAGCUCACACCAUCCCAAAACUCUAUAUUGACGACCACAACCCAAGUUAUAUCGACCAUAAGCGGCUUCUUCGUGGGGUUUCUGGUAAACACAACCAACACGAGAUGGGGAAAAGUGAAGCCAUGGCUUCUCUUCUCCACCCUUCCGGUGGCGGCUUGCAACUUCCUCCUGUGGUUUUCCCUCAACGUUGACAGCUCUACGACAAAGCUGAUAUGGCACCUUGUCUUCUACUGUGGAUUCAGGAUGUUCCUGGCGGGAUUCGGUAAUGCCAGGAAUACACUAGUGAUGCUCGCCAGCAACGAACCGAGAGAAAGAGACACCAUGCUUACUUACUUGACGGCCUUUGAGCUUGUUGGGAUAAUACUCUCCGCGCUGAUCCAACAAGGAACGUUCGCGCUGUUCCACGCCAACAUUGGGUACGACCCGUGUGGCAACGGGACUCUCAACGACACGCACCAUGGCCCGUCUCGGGACACUGAGAAAACGGCAUACAUGGUGGGGGCAGCUGUUGGAUCUGGCGUCUUUGUGCUAUGUGGACUGGCGGUAACUUUUGGUGUUCCAGAGAGGAAAGAUAUGAAGAGACAACAGCAGUCGUCCUGUUUUCCCGUCAGUGAAAUGAAAGAGCUCGUCCGCCAUCGUCCUUUUCUCAUGCUGCUUGUGAUAUCAGCUUUGUUAGAGAUGGGCAUUAAUACCAAGCAGAUCAACAGUGCCCUGAUGCUACAGUACACAUUCGACAUGUCAGACCAAGUGUUUUACAUUAUCUUCGUGUACAUGGGAGCUGCAGUCGUAGGGAUAUUCGUCUGGAAUCUGGUCUUAUGUCGGCUCGGGCGGAAGACAGUAAUAUGCUUGGGGAUUCUGCUGUUUUUACUACCGCACAACGCUGCCCUCCUGAUAGCUACAGAGGAGAUGCUAGGGACCGCACUGGUACCGUUCAUCUACGCAUCGUCUGUCCUUGGUGGGAUAGGAGAAGGCUGUAUGUAUAUUGUAAAAAGCGUUAUGGGUACUGACGUCAUCGAUGAUUUUGAGCUGAAGACUGACAGGAAGAUGGCGUCUGUCCUGUAUUCCCUCUGGGGGGUUUCAGGUGGAAUCAUGGACACCAUCAGCGCUGCUGUCUCCAACUGGAUCCUGCAGACCGCCAACUACAACGCAGACGACUGUGUCCAGCCGAACACUGUGGGACCGGCGCUGCGCUACUUAACAGCAGGCACGCCCCCUGCUGUCUACGUCAUAGCCUUGCUGUUCGUCUGGCUGUACCCGAUCACCGAGGAGUCUCGCAUGAGAACUAAGAUGGCCCUGGACGCGAGGCGGGCAGAAGCUGACGAGGAGACGAGGGUUCUCCCCUCCUACGCAGAUGAUGUCUCUGGAUCUGUUCAAGAAGUUGCUUAAAGGCUGAUCUCAUCAUUUUGCACUUUGUCAUGAUUACUCAUCUGUGUAAAUCCUUCCUAACUUAAGACAAUCCCUAAGAUCUUAAGAUAAGUGAUUUAGACCUAUUCAUGAACAACCGGCUACGUGAUACAAGUAUUAAGUUACAUAAAGCGCUUUUCUCUAUAUGACUAUUCGUGCGACGCCCAGUAAUGUUGUAACAUUGUUCUCUCGACUUGCGUGCAAUACAUGUAAUAUACCCAGACCAUUGUUACCUCCGGUGUCGAUCAAAUGAAAUGUCGUUCUCAAUAUUUAUGAAUGCUACUCGAAUGUGAACAAUGCUAAUAUUAAAGAUUGUGCCUUACAUAAUCACUGGUCUAAUGCGACCUUACAACUUUGAGACUUUGAAA